GAGAGAGAGAGAGAGAGAGAGAGAGAACGUGAAGCUAUAUAUAUGUCUCGAGAACUCACUGUAUCUUUUGCCGCCAUAGCUUUACAAGCUCUAACCUUUCCUCAGCUAAACCAAAUCCAUGCUCAGCUCAUCGUCUUCAAUUUCCUCAGUCGUAAAAGCUUCUGGGCUUCGCGUCUCAUUAGCUGCUGCACGCGUCUCCGUGCGCCGCCUUAUUACACGCGGCUCGUUUUCGAUUCGGUGGCAUUUCCCAAUGUCUUCGUCGUCACUUCCAUGUAUAAAUACCUUUCGCGGAUGGAUAUGGCCGAUGAUGCUCUUCGUCUCUACGAACAAAGAUCGCGUUGCGGGAUUUUGCCUGACGCUUGGUCUUUCCCCGUUGUGAUCAAAUCGGCUGGGGAAUUCGGGGUUUUGUUUCAGGCUAUUGUAGAGAAAUUGGGAUUUUUUAAGGACCCUUAUGUGAGGAAUGUGAUAAUGGAUAUGUAUGUGAAGCACGAGUCAGUGCAGAGUGCACGCAAAGUGUUCGAUCAAAUUACUCACCGAGUGGGUUCUGAUUGGAAUGUGAUGAUCUCUGGGUAUUGGAAAUGGGGAAAUAAGGAGGAAGCUUGUAAAUUGUUUGAUAUGAUGCCGGAGAAUGAUACUGAUGUGGUUUCUUGGACAGUGAUGAUUACUGGUUUUGCAAAGCUUAAGGAUUUGGAAAAUGCAAGGAAGUAUUUUGAUCUGAUGCCUGAGAAGAGCGUUGUUUCUUGGAAUGCUAUGCUUUCAGGUUAUGCCCAAAAUGGGUUUACAGAGGAAACUAUUAGAUUGUUUAAUGAUAUGUUGCGAUUUGGAGUUAAGCCCAAUGAGACCACAUGGGUUAUCGUUAUUUCUGCAUGUUCUCUCCGUGCUGAUCCUUCCCUUGCUCAUUCACUUGUUAAACUGAUUCAUGAGCAGAGAGUUCGGUUGAAUUGCUAUGUGAAGACGGCAUUGCUUGAUAUGCAUGCUAAGUGUAGAGAUAUUCUAUCUGCUAGGAGAAUUUUCAACGAGCUAGGUACGCAGAAGAAUCUUGUCACUUGGAAUGCUAUGAUAUCUGGAUAUACUAGAAUCGGUGAUUUGACUUCAGCUAGGCAGCUUUUUGAUAUAAUGCCUGAGCGAAAUAUUGUUUCUUGGAACUCGAUGAUUGCUGGGUAUGCUCACAACGGACAACCUGCACUAGCCAUUGAGUUUUUCGAAGAGAUGAUUGACUAUGGAGAUUCCAAACCGGAUGAAGUAACAAUGAUUAGUGUUCUCUCGGCUUGUGGACACAUGGGUGAUCUAGAAUUGGGUAAUUGCAUUGUAGAUUACAUUAGUAAGAACCAAAUCAAGCUGAACGUUUCAGGAUACAGGUCUUUGAUCUUCAUGUAUGCUAGGUGUGGAAACCUGUGGGAAGCAAAACGGGUGUUUGACGAAACAAAGGAAAGAGAUGUUGUAUCUUAUAACACGUUAUUAUCAGCGUUUGCAGCUAACGGGGACGGGGUUGAAACGCUGCGUUUAUUCUCAAAAAUGAAAGGAGAAGGCAUUGAGCCGGACCAUACGACUUACACUAGUGUCUUGACGGCUUGCAACCGUGCAGGAUUACUCCAAGAAGGCCAGAAAAUAUUUGAAUCAAUAACAAAUCCAUCAAUAAAUCAUUAUGCUUGUAUGGAUGAUUUGUUGGGCUGAGUUUGCAAGCAGAGAGAUUAAUUGAGAAAAUGCCAAUGGACGCACGCUCUUUAAUACCAGCCUAAACUCGCGGCUGGGAAGAAACAAUUUGCCAUCGAGAUGCUGAAUCUUAAACCCUCUUUUGCCAGAAAGCUGAACACACGCGGC